UACAACUCUCCGAAGCGAGCUAAAUUUGACCCCUAAAUCAUCACCUUCAAUCUUUCAAUAAAUCUUCUAUCUGUCGAUUUCGUCACAGAAAUAUCGGUUCCCGGAUUUUUUCUUCUUGUCAUUAAAAAAAGUUAAAAUUCAAUUUAUAGAGAUUCAUUCUCCAAAUCGAAGGAGUAUAUCACAAAUAGGUGUAUAUACUAAUACAAACCCAUUAAUUCGAUACUUUUGGGGACCGAAAGUGAGGGGAAAUGUCGAAGAAGGCAACGAUGACGCUCAAGGAUUUUCAUGGCGGUUCCAUUCCUUCCGAUCUCCCUCUCCCCUCUGCACCAGGCGUGACUGUGAGGCCCCUUGAUCGUGGUGGAUUUGAUAGGCAGAUGUCAUGGGGUAACUCAGCAGGAAGGUCUGAACAUAGGUUGCGGCCAGCAUCUGCUGGCUCAGCUGGGACCCUUGAUGAAAAAUCUCCAUUUCUAAGUCAUAGUUCCCAUAUAGGUCGUAAUUUUGAUGAGGAUGAGCGCAAGCCUUUAGAUGUGUUUCAGGCCCUCGCCAAACAGUUGCAGACGGAAGCUUUCGUGCUCAAUCUAGUCGCAUGACGGAGCAUAAGACUGAUAAUACUAUAUCUGGUGCUAGAGGUGGUAGUAGUCCUUCAAUUCCUGUAUCUCAACUAUCAACUAGCUCUACUGGUGCCUCUUAUGCAGGAGGGUUGUUGAAGUGCAUAAUUCAAAGUCCAGCAAUCAAUCUUUAAGUGGUAGCCGCAGUUAUGUUUCAAGUUAUCCAGUUGUUGGUGGCAAUGCUGGCCAAGCAGUAGCUGGAUCACAUCCAAAUGCCUGGGGGAUAAGGAAGGAGACUUCAAGCAUGAAAGAGCCUGUAGCUGCUGCAUGGUCAGCUCCAGAUGCCGAGACAAAGUUAGCCCAUGCCAGUGCUCUCGAGAAGGUCUCAUCUGGCCAGUGGAGAACAACAAAGUAAUCCUCGAAAAGAUGUUGCAUUUUUAGGACGUCCCGAAACCGAGGGGAAGUUUGAGUAUAGUUCUACAAUAGGUUCGAUGUGGUUGCUGACUCUGACUAUCAAGACAAUGGUUUGGUAAUGCAUGCUGAAAGAAGUCUAACAUUCGGAGAUGGGAUUCAUGGUGAUGGAAAGGAGUUACCUCAAUCUUAUGAGAGGUCUAUAUCUGCAAUACGUGUGGAUUCAAAAGAGAAAUACACUGCUGCUACUGCUAAUGGUUUCCAGUCAUCAGAAAGACCAAAGCUUAAAUUACUUCCAAGAUCAAAACCAUUGGAGAACAUAGAAUCACCAAGUGAUCACCAGCAGAGAUAUGAGCAUACUAGUGAUAAUCUCCAUAUGGAGGAUAAAUAUGAAGUUAAAAUUCCUACUGUUGGUGAUCAAGCUCCAGAGAGCCCAAAACUGAAUUUAACACCAAGAUCACAAUCUCAUGAGCAACUUGAAGGAAUCAAAGAAGCCAAAAGAGGGACUGUUUUUGGGGAAGCUCGCCACCGGGAAUUGGUUCUUAAGGCACGCGGGGUUGAAGAUGACUUAAACAACUACGAGGGUCAACCUGCGUUGAGGGUGAAGGAAGUUUCUCCAAAGGGUGAUGCCCUCAUGCAUGGAUCUUCUGCACGUUACAGCGAAAAAUUUGAAGGGAUUCUGAUACGAGUUGGAGGGUCUACAAAAGGGGGAAUCGCCAAGUCAUGUGGCCAACCGAGUCAGAGGAAAACGAGGAAGAAUGAAGAAGCGCCAGUUGGAAAAGGCACGCACCAAUCUAGGCAGUAGUUAGGAGUUUUAAAUUUCAAAUUGAAGUUGUUGCAGAUUCUGUUAAGUUGUUGCUGAUUUCUCUCUAUUGUAAGUCUAUAUAUUGAAGUUCCAAAAUGACGAGAAGCAUCUUGGGAAUUUGAUAUUGGACGAUCGUAGUAUCGUAGGCCUCCGCGUGAGGAUUUCUCUUUUGCUGUCUAUUUCCUUUUCUUCAAAUAAAGCCGAGAGUUCCUUAUAAUUGUGUUACAGUUCAUAAAUCAAUAUCAUUACUGGUGAAGGAGUUUAUUUCUCCUCCGCUAGACUUUUGAGCAUUUCUCGUGCUCCCUUGUCAGUCGGGCACCUUUACUCUAUCAAUUUGGUGCGGUGAACGUGGUUAAUACGCGUAAUACGGACACGCGACUUGAUGGGUUAGAGAAGGUCGCCGGAGAUCUGGACAAGAGAAUAGAGACAUUGACUACCAUGGUCGAUGAACUCAAUAUUCAAUGUAAUACGACGAAUGAGCGAGUUUCGGGAUUGGGACUAAAUUGAUAGAGUAAAGGUGCCCGACUGACAAGGGAGCACGAGAAAUGCUCAAAAGUCUAGCGGAGGAGAAAUAAACUCCUUCACCAGUAAUGAUAUUGAUUUAUGAACUGUAACACAAUUAUAAGGAACUCUCGGCUUUAUUUGAAGAAAAGGAAAUACACAGCAAAAGAGAAAUCCUCACGCGGAGGCCUACGAUACUACGAUCGUUCAAUAUCAAAUUCCCAAGAUGCUUCUCGUUAUUUUGGAACUUCAAUAUAUAGACUUACAAUAGAGAGAAAUCAGCAACAACUUAACAGAAUCUGCAACAACUUCAAUUUGAAAUUUAAAACUCCUAACUAAUGCCGAGAUUGGUGCGCGCCUUUUCCAACUGGUGCUUCUUCAUUCUUCCUCGUUUUCCUCUGACUCGGUUGGCCACAUGACUUGGCGAUUCCCCCUUUUGUAGACCCUCCAACUCGUAUCAGAUUCCUUCCGAUCAAAGGAUGUCUAAAUACUCUAACAGGCGAGAAAACCAGCUGGAUGUUGAGAGAAGCGAUUCACAUAGGAGGAACAGGCAAAACGAAAUUCGGAGAAAUAAUAAGGAAGCUGAGAAGAACCGGAAUCAGCAACUGAAACAGCUACAGGACAGGGCUCCAUCCCCAGAGACUUGGCGAAAACCUAUUGAGCAUGACAAGCCAGCACCAAGUGAUGCCCCCAUACGACAUGGCAAAGAAGCAUCUGCAGUUGAGCUGGCCCAGGCCUUCUCAAAAUCAGUAUCAGAUCCCACUAGCGCUGAACGACUAUCUGGCACUGGUCGCAACCAGAUGCCUUUUUCCAGACUAACCGGUCCAACACCAAGGCCUCAGAUCAAUGGUUACUGAAGUUGAGAUGAAGAGGUGGUGGGAGGAAGGUCACAUGCUUGAAGCUUUACGUUGAGCAAGGCACUUUUCGUGAGCACAAUUUGGAAGAAUUCAACAAAUCUGGAGGUGUGCAACAUCUAGCCAGAUGCUUGCCCUUGGAAGAAGACCAAGGACUUGAGAACCACAUUGUUUUUAUGUUGUGUCCAUCACAAAUUACAACACUAUGGUCAACCAACUUGUGCUCAUUAUCAUUGUUUUUGCUUUGUAAAUUGAAAUUUUGUCUAAAUAAUACAAAUAUGCUUCUCGUAA